AGUAAACACAAACACGCAAUAUAAACAGUAGUAAGUAAAUUAUAUUAUUUUUAUUAUAGUAAAAUGUAUUUUACUUUUGAAAAGUAGUUUGAAAAACGUUCGUCAGGUGAAGUCCAGGCUUCGACAAAUCAGCGCGCAGCAGGAAACGCGCGCGCCUGGCAGCGAACCAACAGCGGAGCGACGGACGCGGCGUCACAGGAAAAGCUCUCGGGCUGGAAGUUAGUUCGUCCGUCUCUUUAGGUUCUGUGCGGAGAGCAGCGAUGGUUUGCGGAGGCUUCACCUGCACCAGGAACGCGCUCUGCGCCCUCAACAUCCUCUACGCGCUGGUGAGUCUGCUGCUGAUUGGCGUCGCCGCCGGGGGGAAAUGUGUGGGUCUGGUGUCCAGCAUCCGGGUGGUGGCGGUGGUGAUCUGCGUGGGCGUCUUCCUGUUCCUGGUGGCCCUCGUGGGGCUGUGUGGGGCCCUGAAGCACCACCAGGUCCUGCUCUUCUUUUACAUGAUCGUCCUGUUCGUAGUGUUUGUGCUGCAGUUUUCCGUGUCCUGCGCGUGUCUGGCCCUGAAUAAGGAGCAGCAGAACCACCUGCUCGAGGCCGGAUGGAACAAGUCCAAGUCCACUCAGCGCGACGUGGAGCAGACACUGAACUGCUGCGGCUUCCUGUCCUUGAACAGUAGCGACGCGUGUGCUGCGAGCUGCGCUGCCACCCGUUCCUGUGAAACCUGCUCCAGCAUGAUCCAGCGCUACGCCGGGGAGGCGCUGCGCUUCGUGGGCGGCGUCGGCCUCUUCUUCAGCUUCACAGAGAUCCUUGGCGUGUGGCUCGCCCGCAGAUACAGGAACCUCAAGGAUCCCAGAUCGAACCCUGGAGCCUUCCUAUAACCCCUAUAACCACACACUCUUCACACUCGUGGUGGUUUUUGUCCUGUAUUAGUGAAUAAUUCAGCUGAAAGUGGUGCAGACGAGUAGCGUCAUAGACGCUUGCACGAAGCUAAACAACGAACGAAGGAACGAGCCAUCGCUAAAAAGCCUCUAAAGCUGUUUUCUUGCUUUCGAAUUCAUGUUUGUUAAUUUUGACUUCAUAAAAACACAAAUCAUAGACUUAGUCACUUUAAAUAGUAAAUGGUAAAUACCAUUCACUUUAAUAUUUAAGUUUAUUUCAACAGAUGCCUUUGUUAAAGGAAAAGACUUAAUUAUUAUUUGCUGCAAAUUACAAUAAACGGGUGCAUUAUGUCCAAACACAGGAGCUGUUUUUAUUAGCGGAGGACUGUCCACAGCUGCUCCUUUAGUCUAUUCAGGCUGUGCUGCAGCUUCUCAUGACUCCAUGCAGGAGAAGCAGGUGAAGCCUGGAGGCUGCAGCUCUAACACACCAAACGCAAAUAAGGUGUGUGCUGCUUGAGAAGCCGUGUUCAGACCACGCAUGCACAGUUAGUUAAUGUUUAUGUGGACAUUAUGGCUUCAUGUUCGUCAUUGUACAGCUUCUUAUUUCCUUAAGAUAAACAUGCAAACUGGGAGAACACGCAAACGGCCUCCGAUACGGUGCUGAUAAGAACACGUUCACUCACAGCUCGUGUCAUAUGAACGGUUGCCAUGGUUCCCAUGCCUUCGUAUCAGGAUGCCAACCAGGAGCUGCUGUCACUACUUAAAUAGCGUAUGUGUGUGUUUGUGUGUGUUCGUGUGUGUGUGCGCGUUCUACAUCAGAUUGGGGCCCAAAAUCCUUCUUUUUUUUUUUUUUUUUUUUUUUUAUACUUAAAACUUUUGUGAAGUGUAGAAAGUAACUGGCUGCUGAUACAGGGUCAAAUGUCAUUUGGGGAACUCUGGAAACACGUGGUGAGUAAUGUUUAUUAUGGUUAAUCUUGUUGUGGCUUCUUGACCUUGACCUUGUAAAGUUAUUUUUGUCUUUCCAUGUUCACCCUUGUUUAACACAGCUUUGGUUCUAACGUCUUUAUUUUGGAAGUGUUUAAACUAAAGGCAAACUUGUUUAUGACCAUCUAUUUAAAGCUUUUGUGUCUUUGUAGUCGUCUUCGACCCAUUUUUAUAUAUCUUUGUUUCUCUGUUUUGUAUUUCAGACCCCGUCAAUGCUUUGAAUUGACUGGUUCGUGUUACAGCGACAUCUAGUGUCCGUGAGUCGUCUGUGCAGGUUCACGGUGCGUUGACUCAACGUGGUCGCUAGAUGUCGCUGUGGGGCGUGCACUUGUCAGCAUCAAUUGGAACCAGGUGAUCGGCUGCAACAUUCGAAGUCUGCGUGGAUUUGACGACUUUACGAGAGUAUUUGAAUAACUACAGCCAAUAAGCCACAAAGUGGACGCAUUGACACAGUAAAGCUGAUUCUGCUUCUCCACUGAGCAGAUGAACGGUCUCUAUCGGUGGAAACAACCUCAAGCCAAGGGAGAAUCAUAACAAGCUCCUGAGUUUCAAGGUCAUCUUGUAAUCGCUCAGCAGAAGUGAUGGGCCUCACUCCUGCUGUCCUGGCUGCCUGGCUCACUGCAUCUGAAAGGGAGAGGAGGCUUCCACUUCCCUGUCCCGUCUGAAAACACACAAAAGGGGGGACAGCAGCCGCCCAGGUCUCUGACUCCUCACUCCCUCCCUCAGCUCCUGCUGCUGCUCUAUUGCCACCCAACGGUGCGGCUCCUCCUGUGGCUCCCAGGUCCCCAGGCACCACCCUCGUGUCCCGUGACGAAGCCCUUGUAUCGUGUGACACAGACAUGGCCUCUUCUGCGGUGGUGGCUGCGGCUGGUGACAGGGUGUCCCCGAUCUUAAAAAAGGGGUGAACAGAAAAAUGAGGGACCUCAAAUGGCAAAGCAGGACCUAAAUUGUGAACGUGAGUGAAAAAGACGUCAUACUCACCGCUGCACUUUGUGCUUGUUCAAGCUCUUGUGUGCCAGUUGCAGAAGACUGAUCUCUCUGUGGAAGAGUAUCAUCUAUUAUUUAUUAGUUGUUUCAGGCUAAAAAGUAACAUGAUAUGCUAACAGCCGUCAGAUGGAAAGGUCUGUGUUGUCUGUAUGUAAACCUUUACACAUGAAUAUAAAGAAAACUAAGUUGGUUUUGAAUAUAAGACUGUAGCCAAUAAACUGUAAAUAUCUGAAAGCUAAAUGUCA